AUGGCGGACGAAGUUUACGAAGGAGCAAUAGGCAUUGACUUGGGUACCACGUAUUCAUGUGUUGCCAACUAUGAGGGAACAAAUGUCGAGAUCAUUGCAAACGAGCAGGGUAGCUUCACCACACCAUCCUUCGUCUCUUUCACGGACGAGGAGCGAUUGAUUGGCGAGUCGGCAAAGAACCAGGCGGCUAUGAAUCCCGCGAACACAAUCUUCGAUAUCAAGCGUCUUAUUGGAAGAAGAUUCGACGACCCUACAGUCAAGAAAGAUAUCGAGUCAUGGCCUUUCAAGGUCGUGGACCAGGGAGGAAAUCCAAUGGUGCAAGUUCAAUACCUGAAGGAGACCAAGACGUUCUCUCCACAAGAGAUCUCGUCUAUGGUUUUAAUGAAAAUGAAAGAGGUCGCAGAGACCAAGCUCGGCAAGAAAGUAAAGAAGGCUGUUAUCACCGUACCUGCAUACUUCAACGACAACCAGCGUCAAGCAACGAAAGACGCAGGCGCAAUCGCUGAUCUACAAGUCCUGCGAAUCAUCAACGAACCCACGGCUGCUGCUAUUGCCUAUGGUCUCGGCUCUGGAAAGUCCGAGAAGGAGAGGAAUGUUCUGAUCUACGAUUUAGGAGGAGGAACUUUCGAUGUCUCUCUGCUGCACAUUCAGGGAGGAGUAUUCACCGUCAAGGCCACGGCUGGUGAUACCCAUCUCGGGGGUCAAGACUUUGACACGAAUCUCUUGGACCACUUCAAGAAGGAGUUUCAGCGGAAGACCAAAAAGGAUCUUUCAGGAGACUCGCGUGCUCUUCGACGCUUACGAACGGCUUGUGAGCGGGCCAAGCGUACGUUGUCUAACGGUACCCAAACCACCGUUGAAAUCGACUCUCUUUUCGAUGGAGAGGACUUCAAUGCUCAGAUCACCCGUGCCCGUUUCGAAGACCUCAACGCUAAAGCUUUCAACGGCACCAUCGACCCAGUACAACAGGUACUGAAAGACGCAAACCUCGACAAGAGCAAAGUGGACGAGAUUGUGCUUGUUGGUGGUUCUACUCGUAUUCCAAGGAUACAAAAGCUCCUUAGCGACUUCUUUGAUGGCAAGAAACUGGAAAAAAGCAUAAAUCCCGACGAGGCUGUUGCCUAUGGCGCUGCUGUUCAAGCUGGUAUCUUGUCAGGGAAAGCCACAUCUGCUGACACCGCGGAUCUUCUACUGCUCGACGUCGUUCCUCUCUCGCUUGGUGUUGCGAUGGAAGGCAACAUCUUUGCUGCCGUGGUUCCCCGCGGACAGACUGUCCCAACGAUCAAGAAGCGUACUUUCACUACCGUCGCAGACAACCAACAGACUGUGCAAUUUCCAGUGUUCCAGGGCGAGCGUGUCAAUUGCGAGGACAAUACCUCUUUGGGUGAAUUUACUCUUGCACCGAUACCGCCUAUGAAGGCUGGUGACGCCGUUCUUGAGGUCGUCUUCGAAGUCGACGUCAAUGGGAUUCUCAAGGUCACUGCUACAGAAAAGACAUCUGGACGCAGUGCGAACAUCACUAUUUCCAACUCUGUUGGCAAGCUCUCGUCGAGCGAGAUUGAGAACAUGAUCAGCGAUGCUGCAAAGUUCAAAAACAGCGACGAUGCUUUCAGCAAGAAGUUCGAGGCCCGACAACAACUCGAAUCAUACAUCUCCCGCGUUGAAGAAAUCACUUCGGAUCCAACGAUGUCUCUCAAGCUUAAAGGUAAGACGAAGGAGAAGAUCGAGACCGCCCUCAGCGACGCGAUGGCCCAAUUGGAAAUCGAAGACUCCAACUCUGAGGAUCUAAAGAAGAAGGAGCUGGCUCUGAAGAGACUAGUGACUAAGGCCAUGUCUACACGCUAA